CUGAACCAGUGGGCACAAACCCGACCUCCUUUAUAGAAAUACUUGGAAUAUAACGACACAAAUACUUGGAAUAUAACGACACAAUCGACUAGCACGUGAUAGUUCUUGGUGACUUCGCUCCGCACAGAAGGGAAGAGGAAAUCAAAGAUGGCUCACCAGGUUGACAAAGACAAAGUAUUAUUUCAAACUCCUGAAAAUUAUCGGCCUAAUGUGAAAUGCUGGACACCUACAAACUUGUAUUCACUCAAAGUUGAUGACUCCUAUAAGAAGUUUGAAACCAUUGUACGGACUGUUCAUCUCGACGAUUUUGUACGAGUCAUGAAGGAAAGUGAAAUAACCCAGUCCCCCAUGCCGCCAAACAGCACGCACUUGAGGAACUCCGGGCUAAUGGCAGCUUGGUUCGGAAUGCCUGUUGACGGCCACAACUGGUACGGGAAUGUAAGCUUUGUGGUAAACUUCAAUAACUUCCUGAAUACUUUCAGUCAUUUCAAUAAGUACUUCGUGGAGGUUGCGGAAUAUAACACACAAAAUGCAUCGAGACUGUUGUUCUCAAGCAAAUCUUAUGAAUUGAAGGAAUACGACCCUACCAUCCCGGGAGGUCCGUGGUACAUGGAUUCAAACAAUGACCACUGGUUUCUCACAAGUGCCAGGGCAUGCAGAAGCUAUUAUCCUUGCAUAAAUGGACACGCCCUAGAGUUCAUGCUUGAGUUGAAUAAGGAUGAGGCUAAGAAGCUAUUUCAAAUAUCAGCUAAGCAGGCUACUGAUCAUUCUCAGGCAAACGACUCAGGAUAUAUGAAAUGUAAGAAAUAUAGGUCAGGGUCAAGUUGGACUUUUUGCCCUUUUGCCCUGUCCGCAGAACAGACCAUUCACGAACUAGAUGAGUGGAGAGCUCGCAAAGUGGUCCUUGGGAUAAUGAGAAUGUCCAUGACGGAAGCAAUCGCAAAUGACUCCUGGCAAAUGAAUGCAACACCUUACCCAUCAGAGAACCAUGGGUCAAAUUUGUGUCAUCAAAAAUGAUUAUUCAACAUGCAUAUGGUUAAGAAAACUUGGAAAAAUGACACCCUAGAAGGAAACGCGAAUCUUUUUAUCUCCCGGGGGUGAGGAUGCUCUGCGUUUGCCCCGAGGCUCCACAACCUGGAUAGAAAACGGGGGAAAAGAAAACGCGGCUACCUACCUCCCUCCUCUUUUACCAUUUCAUUGUUUUUUGUCUAUUUUAGAAAUUAUUAAAGGUUUUAUUUUA